AUGAACGUAUACAAAUUCGACGAAGAACGCAGCCGGCGUGAACAAGCCGAAAAGCAGCAACCGCCCAGAAGACCUGCCGGCCCGCCUGCGAUCAAUCUGCCUGAUAUCAUCAUCUGGCUCAGUGGAAUUCUGAUUGCGAUUCAUCUCGUGCGGGUGUUCCUGCUUCCCGUUGUCUGGGACAAUCUCAUCCUCGUCCUUUUUGCAUUCUGGCCGGUGAAAUACUCGAUUUUUGCUGGGCUCUCCGCGCUGGACAUGGCUUCGGCGCUUUGGGCAUUUGUCACUUAUUCCCUGCUGCACGGCAGUGCGACGCAUAUCAUUUUCAAUCUGCUCUGGAUGGCGAUCUUCGGCAGCGCGGUUGCACGCAGGUUCGGCGUCAGCCGAUUUCUGCUCUUUUCGGCGCUGUGUUCGGUCGGGGGAGCACUUGCACACCUGGCGACGAACUGGGGCGAGGGCGUUCCGAUGAUUGGCGCGUCGGCAGCGAUUUCCGGUCAGAUGGCAGCCGCGAUUCGCUUUGUCUUCGAACUGGGCGGCCCGCUCGGUGCCAUCCGUCGUACCGAUCGCGAGGCCUACAUGGUGCCGGCGAAGCCGCUGGCCGAUUGUUUCCGCAAUCAGCAGGUCCUGGUCUUCGUUGCCGUGUGGUUCGGGCUCAAUCUCUUUUUCGGUCUCAUGAGCGGUCCGGUUGCCGGACAGCCGGCAAGUGUCGCCUGGAUGGCACAUAUUGGCGGCUUUGCCGCCGGCCUCGCGCUGUUCCCGUUUUUUGAUCCCGUACCGAGGCGGCGUUUCUGA